AUGGGACUCGUCUCCAAAGCGCAGCCGGUAGCGAUGGCCGUCUCGGCGAAUCCUGAAAAGCCAGAAAACAAUGUCUGUGACUCCGAGUCCACAGACGCAACUGGCAACCGCCUCAACAGGGGAAAGGUACAGUCUGGCGUCGCUCGCAUCGAGGCCACCACCAAGAUCUGGUCCAAGUCGCACCUCAUCACCGCCUAUGCCAUGAUCUGGUUCCUCUACUUUGUCAAGUCCAUCGAGGAAGUGGUCGUCUUCAGCAUGGAUCCAUUCGUCACCAGCGCCUUCAACAAACACUCUAUUACUCCUGCGAUUCAGAUCGUGGCCAUCAUCAUCGGCGGCCUGAGCUACAUCCCUCUCGCCAAGAUCCUGGAUACUUGGGGCCGACCGCAGGGCCUGACCCUGACCGUCUUCAUCUGGGUCAUUGGCCUGAUUAUGAUGGCGGCUUGCAAUAAUGUGGAAACGUUUGCUGCUGCCAAAGUCUUCAACGCUGUUGGUUCCCAGGGCGUCUCGUAUUGUGUCACCAUCUUCAUUGCCGAUACGUCGUCGCUUCUCAACCGGCCGCUCAUGCUUGCCUUUGCCACAUCGCCGUACAUCAUCACGACCUGGGUCGGCGGCCCGGUCACUGAAAGUGUGCUCGCGGGUCCCGGAUGGCGAUGGGGGUUUGGCAUCUGGACCAUUAUCACCCCCGUUGUCAUCUUGCCUCUGUCGUUCCUGUUCCUCUACAACGACAGAAAAGCCGUCAAGGCCGGCCUCAUUGAGAGACGCACCGGCUGGAUUACCCCCCGGGACGUGUGGGACUACAUUAUUGCUGUGGAUUUGGCUGGAAUCAUGUUGCUCGCGGGUGGCAUGGCGCUCUUCCUUCUGCCCUUUAGUAUCUGGUCCUAUCAGGCGGAGCAGUGGCGCUCUCCGUUGAUUAUUUGCAUGCUGGUCUUUGGCGCCGUCCUGCUCGUCGCCUUUGUCCUGUGGGAGAAGUUCCUCGCCCCCGUCAGCUUCAUCCCCUAUGAGCUGCUGCUGGACCGCACCGUCUUUUCCGCCGGCGUGAGCUUCGUCUUCAUCUACGCCAGUGGCUCUAUAUGGAGAGGCUACUUCUACUCCAUGCUUCUUGUCGUUUGGGAUACUGGCAUCACCAAGGCCACGUAUAUCAGCAACAUUUACCGUGUUGGGUCCUGCUUCGCAGCCGUCAUUAUCGGCCUCAUUGUCCACAAGGUCGGAAAGUUCAAGUGGGUUUCUACGUAUUACGCGCUGCCUCUUACUAUCCUGGGGGUCGGGCUCAUGAUCAAGUUCCGCCAGGCCUCGGAGGACAUUGGAUACGUGAUCAUGACGCAGAUUUUUGUUGCCUUUGCCGGAGGACCCAUGGUUGUCGCGGGUGAGAUGGCCAUGAUGGCGCCGUCCGACCACCAGCAUGUGGCUGUCAUCAUGGCCAUGCUCAACCUCUUCUGCAGCAUCGGGUCUGCCGUCGGCAGCACCAUAUCGUCGGCCAUCUGGACUGGAACUUUCCGAGAGGAGCUGAUCAACAACCUACCCCCUGGGUCUCCCAUUGAUGAGAUUUACGGACAGGUCAGGAAGCAAGCGUCAUACCCUGUGGGGUCUGAGAUGAGAAAUGGAAUCUCUGCUGCCUAUUCUCAGACUCAGCGGUAUAUGCUCAUCACAAGUGUAUGCUUGCUCGUGGUUGGAUGGGGCUGCACCUGGCUGUGGAGGGACAUUAAGCUCAGCAAGAUCAAACAGGUGUCUGGGACCGUCGUCUAA